CACUGUCUCGAUGGAGCGAUCAGUCCACCCAGGCCCCAGCUGCCCAGUUAUGUGUCCACCUUCUUCUUCUCUCGAUUGCUAGCGACCUCUACCGAGCACCGCGAUCCAGAUCACCAUUAGUUAGCUGUCGAGAGAUGGCGGCGAGUGGCGGCGGCGGAGGAGACGAGCUGAGGGAGGCGUUGCUGGUUGCCGGGACCAACGGGAAGGCGGAGGAGGACCUGGAGGAGAUCCGGAGCGUGCGGGCGUUCUUGCGCCACGCGGCGGAGGAGAACCGGAAGCUGUGGCACCUAGCGGGGCCGGCCAUCUUCACCUCCGUCGCGCAGUACUCGCUCGGCGCCAUCACGCUCGUCUUCGCCGGCCACCUCUCCACGCUCGACCUCGACGCCGUCUCGACCGAGAACAACGUCAUCUCCGGCCUAGCGUUCGGCAUCACGUAUGGGAUGGGGAGCGCCCUGGAGACGCUGUGCGGGCAGGCCUACGGCGCGAAGCAGCUGGGCUUGCUGGGCGUGUACCUGCAGCGCUCGUGGAUCAUCCUCAACGCCAUGAGCGUCCUCAUGCUCCCGAUCUACCUCUUCGCCACCCCGAUCCUGCGCUUCUUCCACCAGGACGCCGAGAUCGCCGCCGUCGCCGGGCGCUUAUCCCUCUACAUGAUCCCGCAGCUGUUCGCGUACGCCUUCAACUUCCCCAUCCAGAAGUUCCUGCAGGCGCAGAGCAAGGUCAUGGCCAUGGCCGUGAUUUCGGCGGUGGCGCUGGUGUUCCACGUCGCGCUGACCUGGCUCCUCGUGGGGCCGAUGCAGAUGGGGCUCGUCGGCCUCGCCGUGGCGCUGAACGCGUCGUGGUGGUUCGUUGUGCUUGGCCAGCUCACCUACAUCCUCAUGGGGUACUGCCCCGGCGCUUGGAACGGCUUCGACUGGCUGGCGUUCAGCGACCUCGUCGCCUUCGCUCGCCUCUCCAUCGGCUCGUCCGUCAUGCUCUGCCUUGAAUUCUGGUUCUUCAUGUUCCUGAUAGUCAUCGUCGGCAACCUGGCGAACGCUCAGGUCGCCGUUGCUGCGGUCUCCAUCUGUACGAACCUGUUCGGGUGGCAGAUUAUGGUGUUCUUCGGAUUCAAUGCGGCCAUCAGCGUUCGGGUGUCGAACGAGCUGGGCGCGGGCCGUCCUCGCGCGACCAAGUUCGCGAUCCUGGUGGUGCUCAUGUCGUCCGUGGCCAUCGGCCUCGCCUUCUUCGUCGCCGUCCUGCUCCUCCGCGAUGUCUACGGCGCGCCAUUCACGGACAACCCCGAGGUGGUGCGCGCCGUGGCCAGCCUGGGCGUCGUCUUCGCCUUCUCCCUCCUCCUCAACAGCGUGCAGCCCGUGCUGUCGGGGGUCGCCGUCGGGGCCGGGUGGCAGUGGCUGGUGGCCUACAUCAACCUGGGAUGCUACUAUGGGAUCGGCAUCCCCGUCGGGUACAUCAUCGCCUUCCCGCUGCACGGCGGAGUUCAGGGGAUGUGGGGUGGCAUGCUCACGGGAGUAGGCCUGCAGACCAUAAUCCUGGUUGCGAUCACGCUGCGCACGAACUGGGACAAGGAGGCAAGUGAGGCGAAUUCCAGGAUACAGAAAUGGGGCGGAUCGGCCGUGGCCAAGGUUUCAGAAUAGCACGCGGGACAAGGCUGCUCCUCCUCCUCCUGGUGCAUCCAUGCGUGCAACCGUGAAGCAGAGAUGGGUACUGAGUUGUUGCAGCACCAAAACACGCUGCCUGCAUACGUGGUCGGAUUUGUUCGUAUGAAUUGAGUGGCAUUUCAGGGUGGGAAUGGGAUGUCGUUGUAAUGUUUGAGCCUUUGUUUGUCCCGCAGAUGCUGUAAUCUUGUGUUCCUUGCUCUGGUAGACGGGGCUAGUUUGAGCAGCGUGUUGCUCCGGUUGAAUUGGACCAAGGAAAUAUUGCUUUUGAUACAAUUCCACGACCACUUUUCA